AUGAAAUCAACUUCAAACACUCCGUACUCACGAUUCCAUGGACGACGAUCCUAUUCUUUACCGUGGAACGGAAGAUCUUUAAAAUCGGGUUUCUCUCCACCGCCCUCGACCAGUAACAAUAUAUCACAUAAUGACGUCACACCUCAGUACCAAGAAACCGGCAUGGAAUGGCCAAGUACUGGCCAGGAUACGUGGCAUGGCUUCCCUGAUUUUGAUACAGCACGCUGUGACGUCACACACAACGCUUGCGAGAAACAAAGCUACAAGAGUGAGGCGCGGUUUUGUAUGCCACGAGUGGCGGAACCCAGUCAUAUGACCGCACCCGUUCAUAUAGACGUGGGUGGGGUCAUAUAUACCACAUCUAUGGAGACUCUUACCGUUUUCCCCGAUUCAAGACUUGGCAGAAUGUUCUCCGGUAACAUCCCCCUCGUUCUGGACAGCCUUAAGCAGCAUUAUUUCAUAGACAGAGAUGGCGAUAUGUUUCGACACAUCCUCAAUUAUUUGAGGAACCGUCGUCUCAUUUUGCCCAAUAAUUUCGCCGACUACGACCUUUUAGUAACUGAAGCUGAGUACUUCCAAUUACAUCGUAAGAGACUUGGAAAGAUGGAAAGCAGAGCAGCAAAUAAAAUUGAAGGUCGAAUGGGGAUCUUAGCGAAGUUAUGGUUGGAGAAACGGUGGAAAGAAACUGCUUCUGAUUUAUGUUUAGUUGGUUCCGUUAGAAGAUAA